AUGCUGCAGAAGCUCGAGAGUAUCUGUCCCACCAAACCGUAUGACGAAUGGGUCGAACACACUCAGACUGAGCAGGACUUGUCUGAUCGGUCUUCGGCGCAUUUCACAUGUUCCAUGUGUCUGGAAGAUGUCAAUGGCACCGAUCUAAUGCACGUGCUCUCCUGUCGCCAUGUGUAUCACGCACACUGCCUGGAGCAGUGGUUCCUUGGGCGUCACUUUUCGUGUCCUCUAUGUAACCGAUCCUUCUUCGAAGAGGUGGAGCCGGGGCCCGAGCCGGGGCCCGAUAACGUCUAG